GGUACACUGAGGCACCAAGCGGCCCCUGCGGCGGGUUGGACGUGGCGCCGGUCCGGUCGCGGAGCUCCAGAGCCGCUCGGUCUGCUCAGAACGGCAGUGAAAGAGACUCCUUUCUCUCCGUGUCUGUGCAGCGCGGAGGCCGACGGGUGCCGUCAUGUGGAAGAAGGCUCUGGUGGUGGCCGUGCUGGCCCUCGCCGCAGGCUACCUGUACCAUGCGGACCCCAAGCUGCCGGAUCACCUGCUGGAGUUCGUGACUCGCACCCUCGAUGUCCUGCAGGCACCCGGUGACAACCCCGCCAUUGAGGAGACCAUCUCGGCUGCGUGGGAAGUCCUGAUCGCUGCGCCUGCCCGGAAAUGGAGCCGGGUAGCCGUCGGGGUGAAUGCUUGUGUGGACGUGGUAGUGUCCGGAGUGGGCUUGCUCCAGGCCUUGGCUGCCGACCCCGGGCCCGGCCGGGACCACGAUGUGCUACAUUCCAAGGAGGACCUCAGGGAGGCCUUCACACACUUCAUGGGGAGGGGUGCAGCUGCAGAGCGCUUCUACAGUGACAGGGAGGACUUCCAGAGGAUCGCACGGGCUGCUGCGGAGUACCCUGGGGCUCAGCUCUAUGUAGGUGGAAACGCUGCUCUGAUCGGCCAGAAACUGGCUACCUACCCUGAUCUGAUGGUGCUCCUCUGUGGCCCCGUGGGGCCCAAGCUCCAUGAGCUCCUGGAUGACCAGAUUGUGGUCCCCCCAGCAUCUCUCCAGGAGACAGAUGAGUUCCACCUAAUUCUGGAGUACAAGGCAGGUGAGCAAUGGGGGUCCGCGAGAGCCCCUCAGGCCAACCGCUUCAUCUUCUCCCACGAUGUGGCCAAUGGCAAGAUGAGCCUGCUGGAGACCUUUGUGGCCAGUCUGGAGGAGUUCCAGCCAGACUUGGUGGUGCUUUCAGGUCUCCACAUGAUGGAAGGCCAGGGUCGUGAGCUAUGGGAAGAACGACUGAAAGAGGCCGUGGUGGCCAUCUCUGACAUCCCCAAUGAGGUCCCCGUCCACUUAGAGCUGGCUAGCAUGACGGACAAGGACUAUAUGAAGAGCAUCAUGCAGGAGCAGGUCUUGCCCAUUGUGAACUCCGUCGGGCUCAACGAACAGGAGCUGCUGUUCCUGUCCCAGGCAGGCUCAGGCCCCCACUCCCAGCUGGCGUCCUGGAACGGUGUGCCUGACGUGGGUCAGGUCAGCGACAUCUUGCUGUGGGUUCUGGAGCAGUAUGGGCGCACAGACCUUGAGUCGGAAGCCGACCUUACACGGGUGCACUUUCACACAUUGGCCUACCACAUCUUGGCCACAGUGGACGGCCACUGGACCAACCAGGAAUCGGCUGUGGCUGCAGGCGCACGUGUGGCCAGCACACAGGCCUGCGGUGUCCAGCAUGUGGACGUGUCCAAGGUGGUCCUCCUGGCCCCGCGCCACUUCCACAGCUCCCACAGUGAGCCGAGGCAGAGCCUAGCAUUGGACCCUGCCCGGCCUGUCGCCACGUGGCACCGUGGAAAUGUCACAUUUCAUCUGAGCCCUGUGCUGGUGUGCCAGCAGCCGCUCCGGACCGUGGGCCUGGGAGACGCCAUCUCGGCCGAGGGACUCCUGUACUCAGAAGUGGUCCGGCAGCAGUAGCGCACAACUCC